AGCCUCCGCUGCUGGGCCCCAACUGAGCCAGCGCUGCUCUGGAUAAAGCACCCUCCCUCACAGCCUCCUCCCCUCCUGGCCUUUGCCCCAGGCUGGGGCCUGGGCCCCAUCCCUGGCUGUGUGGGCCUACACCUGCCAGGUGUGCUUUUCCAGGAAUGGAGGAGGGCCUGUAGCCAUGAAGCCAGUGCUAUUUGUCACCCUUUGGUGGGUGCCGCUUCUGGUGUCCGGGCUGGGAUCCCCGGAAGAGGCCUCCUUCUACUACGGAACCUUCCCACCUGGAUUCUCCUGGGGUGUGGGCAGCUCCGCCUUCCAGACGGAGGGCGCCUGGGACCAGGAUGGGAAGGGGCCCAGCAUCUGGGAUGCCUUCACGCACAGCGGGAAGGGCAAGGUGCUUGGGGAGGAGACAGCGGAUGCGGCCUGUAAUGGCUACUACAGGGUCCAGGAGGACGUCAUGCUGCUGAGGGAGCUGCACGUGAACCACUACCGGUUCUCCCUGUCUUGGCCCAGGCUCCUGCCCACUGGUGUCCGAGCUGACCGGGUGAACGAGAAGGGAAUCAAAUUCUACAGCGACCUCAUCGAUGCCCUUCUGAAGAGCAACAUCACCCCCAUCGUGACCCUGCACCACUGGGACCUCCCGCAGCUGCUCCAGGUCAAGUACGGCGGGUGGCAGAAUGCGAGCAUGACCAGCUACUUCAGCGAUUACGCCAACUUGUGCUUCGAGGCCUUCGGGGACCGGGUGAAGCACUGGGUCACGUUCAGUGAUCCGCGGACGAUGGCAGAAAAGGGCUAUGAGACGGGCCACCACGCACCAGGCCUGAAGCUCCACGGCACAGGCUUGUACAAGGCGGCGCACCACAUCAUUAAGGCCCAUGCCCAAGCCUGGCAUUCGUACAACAGCACAUGGCGCAGCCGGCAGCAAGGGCUGGUGGGGAUUUCAUUAAACUGCGACUGGGGGGAACCAAUGGACCCGGAUAAUCCCAAGGACAUAGAAGCUGCCGAGAGAUAUCUCCAGUUCUGCCUGGGCUGGUUUGCCAACCCCAUUUAUUCUGGUGACUACCCCCAAGUCAUGAAGGAGCGUAUCGGAAGGAAGAGUGCAGAGCAGGGCCUGGAUGUGUCGAGGUUACCUGUGUUCUCACUCCAGGAAAAGGGCUACAUUAAAGGCACAUCGGAUUUCUUAGGAUUGGGUCACUUUACGACUCGGUACAUCACAGAAAGGAACUACCCCUCCCGCCGGGGGCCCAGCUACCAGAGCGAUCGUGACUUAGUGGAACUGGUUGACCCAAACUGGCCUGACCUGGGGUCUCAGUGGCUACGUUCUGUGCCGUGGGGAUUUAGGAGGCUCCUCAACUUUGCUCAGACUCAAUAUGGUGAUCCUCCCAUAUAUGUGAUGGAAAAUGGAGCAUCGCAAACAUUACACUGUACUCCAUUAUGUGACAAGUGGAGGAUUAAAUACCUUAAAGGAUAUAUAAAUGAAAUGUUAAAAGCUAUAAAAGAUGGUGCUAACAUAAAAGGGUAUACUUCCUGGUCUCUGUUGGAUCAGUUUGAAUGGGAGAAAGGAUAUUCAAAUAGAUAUGGAUUCUACUAUGUCGAAUUUAACAACAGAAAUAAGCCUCGGUACCCAAAAGCUUCAGUUCAAUAUUACAAGAAGAUUGUCACUGCCAAUGGCUUUCCCAAUCCGAGAGAGGUGGAAAGUUGGUACUUCAAAGCCUUGGAAACUUGCUCUAUCAACAAUCAAAUGCUUGCUGCAGAGACUUUGCUAAGCCACAUGCAGAUGGUGACGGAGAUCGUGGUACCCACAGUCUGCACCCUCUGUGUGCUAAUCGCUGCAGUUCUCCUCAUGUUCCUCCUGCGGAGCCAGAGCUGA